GCGUAAAAAUGCGUCACUUCCCCCGAUAUGGACGUCUGCACGUGUUGAAAAAGUGACUGUUUACAGCUCGGUGGAUUUAGUGGUAUAUGAUCCAGAAACAACAGAUGACAAUAGUUGUUUAAAAAUCCUGACAUAAGUUACUACAAUAUAACAGCUUCCUCGGAUUUUGAAACUUCAUCGCUGCGAUGCCGAAAGUGAAAAGAUCGAAAGGUGGAGGUGGAGGAGAGACGAGCGGAGCAGCGGUGUCUUUGGCUGAUCAGAUCCUGCAGGCGGACACGGUGCGAGCCCGGGGCCGGGUGAAGAGCAGAGACAGUCGAGCAGAAAACGAAGACAAGUACGUGGACGAGCGUCUGUCACGGAAGAUCUUACAACAGGCCCGAAUUCAACAAGAGGAGCUUCAGUCUGAAUAUGGGCUGGCACCAGAGAAGAAGAAAACACCAGUCACUGUUCUCGGUAAUGUUGGAGGUACUGGACAUCUUUAUCUGCACUGCACCCACUCGCUAUCAAUAAUUAAAUAAAUAAUAAAUAACCCAUGAAAGUUGACUUGAUGAUUAGAUAGUGCAGUUGUACAGUGGCCGAGAACUGCCACUGCUGCAAAUAAUAAUUAAAAAAAAGGAAACCAAAACGGAGGUUACUGAUGCAAAAAAAAGAAAGAAAGAAACCGCUGCAAAUAAAAAAAAGAAACGGUGGAAAAUAAAAUAAAUGUGUAAAUAAAUAAAUACCCACAACGGAAGUUAAUGAAGCAAAAAAAAGUGGUGACACAAAAAGUUACUGUGAAAAUAAAAGGAUGCAAAUAAAAAAAGCCACAACGGAAGCGAGCUGCCAGGGACCAAUAAUGAUAAUGCACCAGUGUUUUACGAUCUAGGUGCAGAAGACGACAGCAAAAAGACGAGCAAAGUAAGUAGAAAGGUUAUUGUUUAAUUUUACUUUGUAAACUUUUCAAUGCGUCAUUUGGUUAGACCACGUUGUGCCUGAGUCGAUUUGAAGUUGAACUGGAGGAUGCCGGUGUACUGUUUGCUUCAGUUCAACUUCAUACUGACUCAGGCGCUACAUAGCCUAACCAAAUGACACAUUUAAAAGUUUACGAAGGGAAAUUAAACAAUAACCUUUCCAGUUACUUCUUUGCUCGUCUUUUCGCCGUUGUCUUCUGUGCCUGGAUCGUAAAACACUGGUGUAUCAUAAUUAUUUGUCCCUGGCAGCUCACUUCCAUUGCAGCUUUUUUAUUUGCAUCCUUUUAUUUUCGCAGUAAGUACUUUUUUUUUUUUUUUUGCAUCACCACUUUUUUUUUGCGUCGUUCAUUUCUGUUGUGGCUUUUUUGUCUGCACUGUUUCUUUUUAUAUUUGCAGCGGGCUUCGGUUUCUUUUUUCUGCAUCAUUAACUUCCGUUGUGACGACUUCUUUUUUGCAUUCUUUUUUUAUUUGCAGCAGUGGCGGUUCUCGACCACCGUACAGUUAAGUGUGACUAACAGAUCAUAUUUAAUCUUUAUUCAAACUGUAGGGUCUGAUGCUCAAGAUGCGGACUCAGAUGAGGAGUGGCCUGCUCUGGGGACAGCAGGUGCCGGGGAUGUUGAGUGUGACACCGAAGUUGUUGUUGACCCUGAUGAUGAAAAGGCGAUUGAGGUGUUCAUGAACAAAAACCCACCAGUGAGGCAAGAAUGAGAUAAAUUCCUGACUAUAGUCAGAAAAGCUGCAGAGAUCAAACUUGCCUUAGCAUCUGUAUUAGAUGCUAAGCUUUGUAUGCUCAUUGUUUGUCUUGCAGGAGGACCUUGGCUGACAUUAUUAUGGAGAAGAUUACAGAGAAGCAGACAGAGGUUGGGACAGUGAUGUCAGAGGUGUCAGGAUGUCCUAUGCCUCAGCUGGACCCAAGGAUAAUAGAAGUGUAUAAGGGUGUAGGCAAGGUGAGUUAUGUUUCCAAGUUAGUGUGUCUUAAAACCUAUUAGAGGGUUAUGUUUUGUGUGAACAGCCCUUGUUUUAGGGUGGACCCAUAACUAAACACAGUCAGUAUUUCUUCACAAGUGAGUCACUGAAAGUAAUGGUGGUCAAGAGUUGUUGAAUUAUAGCUGUGCUUUCUAUUCUUUUAAGGUUCUUUCAAAAUAUCGCAGCGGUAAAUUGCCAAAAGCUUUUAAAAUAGUCCCAGCACUUUCAAACUGGGAGCAGGUUCUCUAUCUAACUGAGCCGGAAACUUGGACUGCAGCUGCUAUGUACCAAGCAACAAGGUGAGACCCCUGGCAGUUUUGUAUGGCUUCACACUGGGAAUGUUAUCAUGUUUACAUAUAAUGACAGUAGGGAUUUUCCUCUAUGUCUAAAUCAGGAUCUUCUCCUCCAAUCUGAAAGAGCGAAUGGCCCAACGGUUUUACAACUUGGUGCUGCUGCCCAGAGUGCGAGAUGAUAUUGCAGAAUACAAGCGACUGAACUUUCAUCUCUACAGUGCUCUGAAGAAGGCUUUGUUCAAACCAGGAGCAUGGUUUAAAGGUAAGACUGUGUGAAGAUGGCAAAAAGGAAGCUUUCAAAUGGUCUUAGUAUAAGUUCUAUUCUUAUAUAAUAUUCUCUUUAAGGAUUGAAAUGAGUAGAGUUCAUCUUCCAGAGUAAGUGACCAGAUCUGAGUCAUAUACAACCAUUAUCUUUCAUUGCAGACCGCAUCAUACCAAAAUGAACCAAACAGAACCAAGUAGCAAUUAUAACUGACCAAUCAAUCCCUUAAUCCAAGAGUUUUGCUUAGUAAAACAUAUCAAAAAACAUCCUGAGUGUAUUUAAUCCCUUUGGUAGCACAGGCCUUCGGGAUUAAUUUUUUAUAUAUAUGAUUUAUUUUAAUGUCAUUCAUGUUACGGUAAAAUGAAGCCAAUGCAGAUAAUUCACCCAACUAAGUGUUUCUCCAUGAGGUGUCAAAAUUACAUUUUAUCAACCAUUGUGAUGGUAAAUAACAAACCUCGGUGAGAGAUACAUCCUGCGGAUGCGCUGGGACACAUCGUCAGUGAUGUUGUUUCCUGGCAUCAUCGGGGGUUUCGGGUCUUUCAACAUCAGACCCCCUCAGCCCAGGCGACCCGGCUGGGGUGAUCAAUCCCCAGCCUGUGUCCCAGCAGCGUUUGCCCACGGUUCUGCCCUCUUAAUCCAAAGCCAUCUCGUGGCUUUCUCUGCGGCUUCAGUUGCGGAUCUGAUGGCCCUCCGUUUCGCCUCCCCGACAAGUCCUAGCUGGGUGAACACUCUGCAGAGUGACCGUCCGGCGAAUCCCUGACAGCCCACCUCCAAAGGCUCACAGGUUGUUUUCCAGCCUUGCCCCCUACACUCUUCCACCAGUUCCUGGUACUUGGCCCGCUUCCUCUCAUUAGCCUCAUCCAUGCGUUCUUCCCAUGGCACAGAAAGCUCCAGAAUGAUCAGCUGCAUGGUGGAGUCUGAGACAAUGACCAUGUCUGGGCGGAGCCUGGUUGAUGUAAUCCUUGAGGGGAACUUCAGUUGCCUGCCCAGGUCCACUUCCAGUUGCCAGUCGUUGGCGGAGGUGAGGAGGCCGGACUUUGCCCGUGGUGGUAUGUUGGGCUAUUCUCCAGCUCUGUGGAAUGUGAUGGUCUUUGGCUUGUGGUGGCCUCUGCUGGUGUUGAUGGCGGUGGCGAUACUGUCAGCAACUGCCCUAAGCACCUGGUCGUGACGCCAGCGAUAGCGCCCGUCUCCAAGAGCUUUUGGGCAGCUGCUUAGUAUGUGUUCCAGGGAGCCCCGUCCUGAGCAGCGGGGGCAGGAUGGUGUCUCUGUUUUACCCCAGACAUGGAGGUUUGCUGGGCUUGGAAGGACAUCAUACACAGCCUGGACUAAGAACCUGAUUCGAUGAAAGUCUGCUUUCCAGAUGUUGGACCAGGUGAUUUUCCGUUGCAGAACAUUCUCCCAUUUUAGUCCAUGCUCCUUGCUGCCCCAUUCCCACCAUCCUGCUAGCUCGUACUUCCUCCACACCUGCCCGUACUUCUUCCUGGAUCAGCUGACGACGCUCCUUGCCCUGGGCCUUGUCAACUUUGGUUGAAGGAAAGUAGCCAAUGCCUGCACGCCCAAUUGCUAUGGACCCCACCAGUGCCUUCUGCCGCAGCCGUGACUCAGCCACAUCUAUUGCUUUUCCUGCAUUCCAUUUCCUGCCUGUUUUCACCUGGAUCCCAGCUGCUGCCACCUUUGGAUCUCUGGAUUCUCUGUAUUGCAGUACUUCCCGUGUUCUGGACACCAUGAACUCUUCAGUGAGGCCACUUAUUGGGAACUGCAGUAUGUUGCUGGUGCCAUACCGAGCAGAGCUGCUUAGGCUGCGUGGUAGACCAAGCCAUCUUCGCAGGGAGCUGCUGAUUUUUCUCUCCAUGCCCUCAACUGUUGUUAAUGGUACUGUGUACACUAGCAGAGGCCACAGGAUCCGGGGCAGGAUGGAAUGCUGGUAAAUCCAGGCCUUGAACCUCCCUGGCAGACCCGUCUUGUCAACCCGGCUGAGCCAGUCCUCAAGUUCUUUGUUAGUUCUCAGGAUGGAGGCAGAGUCUUUGAGGCUACAGUCAAAGAACUUCCCAAGGCUCUUAACUGGCUUUUCUGUGAUGGAUGGGAUGGUGGCUCCAGCCAGUGAGAAGCGGAACCUGUCCACUACUUUCCCUCUCUUGAGCACUAGAGACCUUGAUUUUGUUGGUUUAAAACUCAUCCGGGCCCAGGUGAUGAGUUUCUCUAGGCCUUGGAGAAUCCACCUGCUGCUUGGUACGGAUGUAGUGGUGACCGUCAGGUCGUCCAUGAAGGCUCUGAUUGGGGGCUGGCGUACUCCUGAUGUUGUCAAGGGGCCCCUGCACUCUACCUCAGCUGACUUGACUAUCAUGUUCAUGGCGAGGGCGAAAAGGAUGACUGAGAUGGUGCAGCCGGUUAUAAUGCCUUUCUCAAGCCGAUGCCAAUCUGAUGUGCCUGAUCCAGUGGUGAAUCUUAGCCUGAAAUUACUGUAGUAAUCCAGAAUAAGGUCUGAAACUUUGCUGGGAACAUGAUGUCGGUGGAGGGCCAGCUCAACUAGCUUGUGUGGGAUGGAGCCAUAUGCGUUGGCAAGAUCGAGCUAUAGCACGGUGAGGUCCCCUUUCCCCUCACGUGCCUCCCUGAGGAGUUGUGUUACCACUCCAGUAUGUUCCAAGCAGCCAGGCACUCCAGGGAUUCCACCCUUCUGGACAGAGGUGUCAAUGUAGCUGUUCUUCAGAAGGAACUCCAUUAGUCGUUGUGACACGAUACUGAAGAAGAUCUUGCCUUCAACGCUUAGCAGCGAGAUGGUCCGGAACUGACUGAUGUCCUUGGAGUCCUCUUCCUUAGGGAUCCACACACCCUCAGCACACCUCCAUUGGUUAGCAACUUUUCCCCUGCGCCAGAUCAUCCUCAGGAUCUUCCACAGAUGACGAAGGAGUUGCGGGCAGCGCUUGUAUACAGUGUAUGGGACUCCACUAGGGCCUGGGGCUGAGGCAGUUCUGGCUCCUUUCACCACUUCCUGAACCUCUCUCCAGGUUGGCUCCCUCGGAGCAAAAUCCACUGAUGGUGAUUGUGGGCUUAUGAGGGCUCUCUGAGGCUGUAGCUCCAGUUCUCUCUCUGGGUCGCUCAAGGUGUUGUGCAGGAAGGAGUUUACCUCUUCCACUGAGCAGACUAAGCUGCCGCUGCGCUUGUCCCCCAGGAGCUUCUUAGAGAAAGUGAAAGGGUUGGAGAUGAAAGCGGCGCGCUUUCUUGCUCUUUCCUUUCGUCGCCUUCGGUGCCACUCUGCUCUGCGCAGCGCUGUGAUACAGUAGAAGCUGUUUUUUGUUUUAGUUCGAAAUGGUCAUAAACACCCCUUUCAUACACUAAAUGUCAGCCAUCACUGGUUGAUUCAUUGAAUGCACAUUGAUAAGGCCAAGCUUUUGUCUAAGGGUUACCCAAAGUAAAUUAUGUACAAUUAUAUACAGUGAGUAUACACUUAAUCAUUUUUUAUUUUAACUUUUUUUUUUAUAACAAGCUCUCAAGUAGUUGUUGAAAAUUUCAAGCCCUGAGGAACUCUUUCCACUUUGAGCUCUAAAUUAAAAGAUUUUCAGUGGAAUUUAUGGCUAGCCACAUGACACUUGGUUUUUGCAGUAAUGAAGGAUGAUAAGUUUAUGUUAUUGAUUAAUUUGAAGUAAUUUUUAGGGCAAAAUAUGUGAUCUUAUUCUAGAUUUUCCCUUUGAUUUCCUUUGCCAUUCCCUUGGGCUCCAGCAGUCCACAUCCUCCCUAAUGUUUACUUUCUAAAGACACACAACAAAAGUGCUGAUGAAGACUUUGUUCCAUAAAAGACAUGUCUCAUCAGUUGUUUAAAACACAUUUGGUUAAUUGUAACACUUCAAUGGUUGGCAACGAUUUAUUUUCCUUAGGCUUGUUCACCCAAUGCAAUCUCAAACUGUCUUGAAAACAGUCUUUUAAAAUGCUUUAGGACCAGUAUGAGACAACACUGCUAGAUGGCAGUAUUGCACAAAAUAUUAUCUAUUGCCUCCUAUGUUUAAGGUAUGUGAAGAUUUGUCCACAUCAAAGAAUAAUUUCCAUCUAGUAUUACAAUAUUUGGGUCUAGUCAUAAAGACUAGAUUUUAAGUUUUCAUUAACAAAUUCAGUAAAUACUUGAACUCAUUUUAUGUGUCGACAAGUCUUCCGUCAAGAUUAACUAACUAAUAUACAGGUAAACAUGAGCAUAAACAUCAAAAAAUCCGGUCAUAAUCAUCAGAAUUUUAGCUGAAUAUGGAAGACUGAUUGAUAUAAUGGAAAAAUUCUACAAGCAGCAACUUUUUUCAGAAUAAUUUUCACAACCUUCUACUGUUAAAUUAAAAUUUUAUGUGGGUAAUCAUAAAAGUCAAACAGUAUAUUGAAGUACCAGUUUUCACUCUCCCUGCUUUUUUAGUUUUGAAGGUUCAUUGUAAGCAGGAAAACGAUUGCUGUGUAAAUGUAGCAGCUUUAGGGUUUAUGAAAGAUUAUUUUUUAAGAACUUAUAUUCCUUUAUGGGACAUGAUCAUUAAAACUGUUGCUCUAGAUAAGUCAAAGUUUGUCUUAACAGGCUAAACAGACGUGAUAUCUACGAAACAUUCAGAGUCAACCUCUGCUCUUCUGUUAGUUGCUCAUCAGUAGCUAACUCUUUGGUGCUUGUUUAUUGUUAAUUUCUCAAGUCUCCUUUUCUUCUCAUUCUGUGCUCUGCUGUCAGCUGAAGGCUACAGAUAGACUGUCCAAAUGUUGGACUGCUAAAAUCAUAGCAAAAUAAGAAAAUACAAGAAAAGGGCAUUUAUGAAUUGUCAGUCUCUACACACGUAACCAGGUUUUGUCUUUUUACUAGUGACUAAAGUGCUAGUUGAUGAGAGCCUUUGUGACAGCCUCAGUUUUAACCAUUUCCUGUCUUGGAUGAUUCUCCACUUUAUGAAAUUGAGAUGCAGAAGAAUUCUUGUCAUUUUGUGUCUCUGUGUCACUCACAGGCAUCCUGAUCCCUCUGUGUGAAUCUGGAACGUGUACUCUCAGGGAAGCCGUCAUAAUUGGAAGCAUACUCACAAAGUGCUCGAUCCCUGUGCUCCACUCCAGGUGAGGUUUCCACUCCCCAUGGACGCUUGCCAGCAUCUCAUCACUGGGUGUGGGGCUCUGCUGGUUGACCUUAAAAGCCCUUUAUUGUCUGGUGUUGGCAUGUUAAAGUAAGGUCAAGAUUAUAUAACAUGGAUGGUUGUAUAACAUGCAAUGUCUCACUUGACUUUCAGUGCUGCAAUGCUUAAGUUGGCAGAGAUGGAGUACAACGGCGCCAACAGCAUUUUUCUACGUCUCUUACUCGACAAGAAAUACGCCCUGCCUUUCCGUGUCCUAGAUGCCUUGGUGGCCCACUUCCUGUCCUUCCGCAGUGAAAAACGUGUUCUUCCUGUGCUGUGGCAUCAGAGUUUACUCACCCUGGCUCAGCGCUACAAGGCUGACCUGGCCUCUGAACAGAAGACGUCACUGCUAGAAUUACUCAAAAUACAAAUGCACCCUCAGAUUUCUGCAGAGAUUCGCAGAGAACUGCAAAACUCAGAGUCCAGGGAUAUCGAAAUUGGGCUCCCAGUCACAGUUGAAAUGGACUGAGUUCUCUGUCUGGUCUGUAGCUUUCUCCUCUUCUUCCUCUGAUGCUAAUAAGUCAUCUUUUUGCCGCAUAAAGAACAGUUUUCCAAAUUUGAUCCAUUAGUCCUCUUUUCUUAUGGAUGAGCUGUUCACAGAUGAGUUCCUAGUCUCAGGAUUCUCCCUCUCGCGUAGAUGAGUUUGCACAUUUGAUAAUACUUUCUACGCCCAGUGAUAUACUAUAUACAUUAGAAAUGCUUUUUAUUAUUCCAUUUUAGCUGGUUUCUUACAGUUACAAUGCAGUAAUUGCUUGAAAAUAUGGAGACUGGAGUUUUUGUAUAAAAUAUCUGAAGAACAGUAAUGUUCUUAACAAUCAGAUUAAACACAUUUAAAAGAUUGUUCAGGAUUGUGGUCAUCUAAAGUAAAGCUAUUCAGGUCAUACGCAAGAUAGAUGGUAAAUGAUGGCUGUGUAGACUGUUGGUUGGAAUAGUGGUCCCUGGUUUUUCAUUUACUUUACCUCCCUUCGAGUCUUAAAGGGAUAUUCCAGGGUAAAAUUAUGUUGGGGUCAAACACACCAUAACACAGAGUUAGACACCCCCUUCGAGAGAUGAAUGUUGCUGCCUGCUUGUUUUAGUUUUACCAACUUAAGUAAUGACCGCAGAUAGCAAGAGCCACGCAGUCAACCAAAACGCCACUCUAUAGCCACAAAUAAUGCUCAGAACAGCACCUAACUUCAUCAACAGAACAUAUAGGGUCCCAGCCACAGCACUACCCUCUAAAUAUCUUUUUAACUUUGCCUAAUUUCUUUAGCAAAGAGACUAAACACAACUCGCCUACUCUCUUCCAGCAGCCGCUUGUUUAUAUGGAGACCUUCGGGCAAGUCCAUCGACUGCAGCGGGGUGAUGCAGCUCAAGGAAGAACAUUUUUGAUCAUUUCUGUAUCAUUUCCUUGAAGUAAUAAUCAUCAUAUUAAUCAUUGUGCACUGCAAGCGCGGUAGUUCUUCUGCCUUAGCAUCUCGGUCUGAUUGCAUUUCCAUGAAGAAAUGGUUAUAAAUGUUCUUCCUUGAGCUGCGUCCCCCCGCUGCGGUUGUUUCUAAAGUUGGUAUAACUAAAGAAGCAAGCGGUCGGCAACAUUCAUCUCUCGACGGGGUGUCUAACGGGGUGUUUAAUCAGUUCAGCACACAAGCUGAUUCUUGUCAUUUAUCUAUUGAUUGUAAGGAUACAUCAAUUAAACAUGAAAACCUGCAA